GCAUUUUGAUAAUUUCGUAUUUAGUUUGUACCGUCGCGCUUGCCGUACUUGUUUGUAGCAUGUGGUCGGUCGCGUGUACAGAACUGUGAUAUAUCAACUACUAGCCUAUAUUAAACAGACAGCUAGUGGUAUAACAUACAUAAUCAAAGUGAUAAGAGUGAUGGCACAUCAAGCCCCCUCUGUGGCGAGGGAUGCUGUGUUAAAGGAAAGCAGUCCUUUGCCAGACGAUAUGCCCCGGAUUAAAGGUUAUGACUUCAACCAAGGGGUGGAUUAUAAAGCCCUACUGCAGUCCUAUCUCACCACAGGCUUCCAGGCCAGCAGCUUUGCCCUGGCUGUGCAAGAGAUCAAUAAGAUGAUAGAGAAGAGACUGCAGCCUGUGCAUGUGGAACAUGAGGACAGUGAUUCUCAUCAGGCUGGUUCAGGCUGCACCAUCUUCUUGGGCUACACCUCCAACCUGAUCAGCUCAGGUGUGCGAGAAAGCAUUCGCUACCUCGCGCAACACAAAAUGAUAGAUGUGAUAGUGACCACAGCUGGAGGAAUCGAAGAAGACAUUAUCAAAUGUUUAGCACCCACUUACCUUGGAGAGUUUAGUCUGCGUGGUAAAGACCUACGACAGCAGGGUAUUAAUAGAAUAGGUAAUCUCCUGGUACCAAAUGAUAACUAUUGUAAGUUUGAAGAUUGGUUGAUGCCUAUUUUAGAUCAAAUGGUGCUGGAACAAAAGACGGAGGGCACACACUGGACCCCCUCUAAAAUGAUCCACAGACUGGGCAAAGAAAUCAACGACCCAGACUCAGUUUACUAUUGGGCCUAUAAGAAUGAUAUUCCAGUGUUUAGCCCCGCCCUUACCGACGGUUCAUUGGGUGAUAUGAUCUAUUUCCACUCGUACAAGAACCCCGGACUGGUGCUUGACAUUGUGGAGGAUAUUCGGAGACUUAACAGCAAAGCCGUGUUUGCCAAGAGCACUGGAAUGAUAAUUCUUGGAGGAGGUCUGGUUAAACAUCACAUCGCUAAUGCGAAUCUCAUGAGAAAUGGAGCAGAUUUUGCUGUGUUCGUCAACACCGGACAGGAAUUUGAUGGCUCUGAUUCGGGAGCCAGACCGGAUGAAGCUGUUUCUUGGGGGAAGAUCCGCAUGGAUGCCACACCUGUUAAGGUUUAUGCGGAUGCUGCUAUAGUUUUUCCACUUUUAGUGGCUGAAACAUUUGCACACAACGCCAGCAGGUUGAUCAAAGAAAAGAAAAGCGACUGACUGCACUUUUCUGUCCCAUAAACCUCUGUCUUUCUGUCUUUCUCCUCCUGUCGUCCAGUUUGUUUGUUCUUGCAUUCACAACAUCAUGGAUAAUUGGUCCAUGUGAACAUGCAUGACAUUAUUGUUUCUUCUUUUAAAUAUAUGGCUAUUUUCAGUCAUAUGAAUGAUGGUAAUAUAUGUUAAAAAGCAGGUCGUUUCAGUUGCAUUGUAAAUUAUUUUUACUGAAUGUUGCUAUUUAACUUGGUUUUAUAUUUAAUUUUGUAUCUUUGUUUUAGAAGGGACAAUCUCGCUUUUAUUAAUUUCAUCCUCAGAUGCAUGAACAUCAUCUUGUAUCUGUUUGUGUUCAUAAAAAAUAUAAGUUUUAUUGUCAGUGGAAAAUAGAUGAUUUAAUAACCCACAUUAUUCAAGUGUAAUAUGUAUAAAAUGUGAAUAUAAAAGUGCAAUGCUCUAUAUACAGUAUGUGAAAUAUGCUUUAGUUCAAUACAUUAUAUAACCACUAGAUGGCAGUUUUACGUCACUCUAUUUACUAUCGGUGGUUGUCAUCAAACUCAAAACGGUCCUGGGUUUUAGUGUUCACAAAUGGUACUGUUGAUUUAUUUUCUUUGGCCUUGAGAUGUAAACAUUGGCAAAAAAAGAAACUUUAGAGAUUUAUACCGUAUUUAGGUGUUCUGCUGAAAAUAUGUAGUCAAAUGGUAAUGGUAUAUACUGUAGAAACAGCUGCGAAGCAGUAAGUGUGUGUAAAUGAAUCUUUUUGACCAAAUUAUUAAAAACAAUUGUUUUUGGCCUUA